UCACCUCAACUAAAUCCCAUUUCUUAACUUCCACUCUUUCCUCUCUUCAAAGGAAACAAACACUUUUAUUUUGUUUCUUCUUGUUUCACCUCUCACAUAAGACCAUUCAAACUCUCUCUCUCUCUCUCUCUCUCUCUCUCUCUCUCUCUCACUCUCUCCCUCCAAAUAGUACUAAAUCAACAAACAAAAGGAAUAUACCCUUUGAUCCUAAAAACCUUCCCCCUUUCCCUAUUUAAUUUCUUCCUCUUUUUAUUUUUGUUAAAUUAAUAAUUAAAUUAAUAUUAUUAUAAUUAUCAUCAUUAUUAUAUUAUAUAUCCAAACAUUCAUACACACACUCCAAAACACUUCUUAUUCUCUCUCUCUCUCUCUCUCUCUUGAAUCCUAAAGAGUAAAAAUUCAAACUUUGAUAUGCAACAACAAGUGGCAUCAAAAGUUCAACAUACCCAGUUGAAGAAAAAGAAUCAAGAAACACAGAUGUGUAGGAAAAUCAAACUCAGUAUUUCUGAUCAUAACAACAACCUCAAAAACACAACAACCGUUGAUGAUAUUGAUGUUUGUGACAAAAUAGACGGCGAGGAUCUCUUCAUUCCACCUCUCAAUUUUGCUAUGGUUGAUAAUGGCAUUUUCCGUUCUGGUUUUCCUGAACCUUCCAACUUCUAUUUCCUUCAAACCCUUGGCCUUCGCUCCAUCAUAUAUUUGUGUCCUGAACCAUAUCCAGAAGCUAACAUGGAGUUUCUCAAGUCAAAUGGGAUCAAGCUUUAUCACUUUGGAAUUGAGGGUCAUAAGGAGCCAUUUGUAAACAUUCCAGAAGACACAAUCCGGGAAGCGCUAAAAGUUCUUCUUGAUGUAAGGAACCAUCCGGUUAUAAUUCACUGUAAGCGAGGAAAGCACCGAACAGGUUGCUUAGUCGGAUGCUAUAGAAAACUACAAAAAUGGUGCUUGUCAUCUGUUUUCGAUGAGUACCAGCGCUUUGCAGCUGCAAAAGCUCGAGUUUCAGAUCAGAGGUUUGUAGAAUUGUUUGAUAUUUCAAGCUUGAAGCAUUUGCCUAUACCAUUUUCAUAUUUGAAGCGGUAACAGUAACAGUAACAGACACAAAAAAGUUAUGCUAAAUUGGAUUUUCCUUUCAUCAUAGCUAGUGAAAGUGAAUUCAAAGUUCUACCUUAUUAUGAAUAAUAAAAUAGGAAAAAGUGAUGAACUCCUUCAAUGCAUUGCAGCAACAAAGGAAUAAUUAUUUUUCUCCCAUUUUUUAGAAUAAGAUAUAAGAAAAUUCAUCAAGUAGUAUAUGGUAUUAAGAUGUAUCUGUCUUUAUUUUCUCUUUGUUUUUGUGUUUUCUUUGCUGCUCCAUAUUCAUGAGCAAUGAGUGUAGAUUAGUCUUGAUUUUUUUCUUGAGGCUAAGAGAAAUUCAAGAAAGCUUGAAAAACAAGCAUUGUUUUGUCAGCAGAGAAAUUAUCAUAAUUAUCUUAUUAUCAUAUUUUAUUUGAUAUAUUGAUUUUUAAGCCCA